AUACCCCCCGCGCACCCGAAGAAGACUCGAAUAAACGCCGCACAAACUCUGAGCAGCUUUUCCGGCGACCGUUCAACUUCCAGCGCCUCAAGUGGCAAGCCAACAGGAUGUCAACCAAUCCCAUAAUUCCUCGGGCUCAAGAGGCAGGCGUGUGAAAAUGGCGUCCGACUACGAUGAGCCGAUAUCCGACCAAGAAAAGGUGCGCAUAGUGUCUGACUUCAUUCUACUAGCCCCGCCCGGCGAGUUCAACGAAGUGUUCAACGACGUCCGUCUGCUGCUAAACAAUGACACGCUACUCAAGGAAGGGGCAUCUAGUGCAUUUGCGCAAUACAACAAGGACCAGUUGACGCCGGUGGAUUUAGAGGGCUCUGACAGCAAGGCGCUGAUCACGCACUACAACGACCUGGGGGAGGGCCGCUUCUACGACACGCGCACGAGGCAGUCGUUCCGCUACGACCACCUGCGCAAGGAGGCGAGCGACUACCAGAGCCACCCCGGCGGCCCGCCCGGGCAGCAGGGCGGGGACAACGCGGGGGGCGGGAGCUACGCCGAGGCCUGGCGGGCCGCCCUGGAGGAGGCCUGGACGCAGUACGCGAGGGACCACUACCGCCACGGGGCGUGCGCCGUCUACGACCGCAGCACCAGCCCCCAGGAGGUGACCCUGGUGGCCUGCCUCGAAGACCACCAGUUCCAGUCACAGAACUUCUGGAAUGGCCGUUGGAGGAGCGUUUGGACAGUCAACUUCCCAACCGGUGCCUCGUCAGCUGACGUGAAGGGCCUUGUCAAAGUUCAGGUUCACUAUUACGAGGACGGCAACGUCCAGCUGGUCAGUUCGAAGGAGAUCAAGUCUACCCUCUCGAUCACUAGUGAGCAACAGGCUGCCAAGGAGUUUGUGCAAAUCGUGGAGGAUGCCGAAAACGAGUAUCAGACUGCCAUCUCCGAGAACUACCAGACGAUGUCGGACACGACGUUCAAGGCGCUCCGUCGACAGCUGCCCCUCACGCGGACGAAGAUAGACUGGACCAAGAUCCUCAACUACAAGAUUGGCUCGGAGCUCAAACACCACUGACUCCCCCGUCCCCUUUCCUUUUUAUUCCUUCCGUGCCUCGUUUCUUCGAUUUCCCCCUUCCACUCCGUUUGAUUCGUUUUCUGCUUUUUUCCUGCACCUAAGUUGAGCACACUGCCCGUCGGAAAUCGUCGAAGUGUCUCGGCGACGUGCGUUGACCGGUCGAAUGAUGCAAGUUAUAGCAAUGUUUAGUCCAGGGUUGGUUUUGGCGGGAAGAUUAUGUUGUGUGAACGCUUGCCGGCCGCGUUUCCGUCUUGGCUAAUUAUUUUUUAUCAAUUAGUCUCGCCUCCUUUUUUUUUUCGAGCGAAUGGCAGUCAACAUUUAGGUUGAGGGGAAGUCUCGGUAAAGAAAGAAAGCUGGUUUUGUUUGAAGACAACUUCCGGUAAUGUCGAAGACACUCCCGUUAAAACCGGUUGGGGUCAACUUGACAAUCCUCACGCAUCCGCGUGUGGUGUGGUGUGGUGUUGUGCACUUUUUUUUUACACCCUUUUUUUUUCGUUUUACAUAUCUAAUUUCACAAUUGAGCGUUUCUUUACACCUGUUUGAUUUCUUUUUUGUUUGAAAAUUAACUCGGAAGUUGGGAGAGUAGGAAAAAAGACAACAAAAUGAAGUUCGAGGGACUGUUGUGUUUGUAUGAUAGCUUUUUGUACGGCUCCUUUCGUGCGUGUGCAUGUGUGCACACGUUGCUCCGGUACAGCGCUUAGUCGCAGGUAUAUAUUUAUGUUGGCUCUUUCUCCGACUUGUCUCUAUUUUCCACGGAUUUAUUAUUUUUUUUGUGCGUGUGUGCGUGUGUGGUGGUUGGACGAACUAAGAACUAAAGUCAUAUUGGCGAGUCCUUGCUUUCUCUCGAUUGAGUUAUUUUCAGUGGGAGCAGGGAACAAAGAACUUUUUCUCUUGAAGCGGGACGAGCAGCUUGGUUUGGUUAGUCUGUUACGUUUCCGUACGAUUUCGACCGUGGUUGUACUUCUGUCUAAAGAACAAUAACUGUUGCCGCCUCUCAGCCGUUUGGCAGUUAUGUGCCGAGCGUUGAGAUGGAAGGGUUCUUGUUGACCUUGGGGGAAAAUGUUGAAUAAAGAGGAUGAAAACAAA